AUGCCGCCACCUGGACCGGGAGGCCCACCGGGCUUUGGUUGCUUAGGCGCCCUCUGUAGCGGUAUAUGCGGCCUUAUAUCAUCUUGUGCUUAUGUUCUGUGUUGCUGCUGCCUGUUUGAGAGCUGCUGUGGACCCAUGUUUGGUGGGGGAUUUGGCGGUCCUGGUGGGCCCGGUGGUGGUCCUGGUGGACCCGGUGGUGGACCUGGCGGGCCCCCUCGCUUUUGA